AUGCCAUCUAAUCCCUCCUCCACUAAGGAGAAGAAAUUGCAAUUGCAAGCGAAAACCGAUAACGAAGACUUGCCCCCUUCAAUAUUGUCGAGGAAUCCAUCGUCUCCACCAUUGGCCAACACAGUACCGAGUAAUCUGUCGGAUACUCAAUCUCGUCCCGGGUUGGCACAAUCAGCAUCAUUUCAACUGGUACCUCCCCAGCCAAAAGCUGCUCCGCAAUUGCAACCAACUUCCUCGCCAGAGAGUGAACAACAAAAGAAGGAAACAGUUAUGGCUGGAGGUGUAUAUUUAAAAGAGAAGUUACAUUCUGACUCAUUGGUGAGUACGUUGAACUCGUUAAACAUGAAGAAUCACACCACAUCACCCACGACUCUUAGCGAUAACAAUGAAUCUGUCACCAGUUUGGAUUACCUAUUGCAACCACCUUCUGACCCACAACAUCACAAAUCACCAUCGGUCCAUGCACAUUUCUAUGUUGACGAGGCAGUAAAGCCUAGUAAGGUGGUGAAUCGAUCGAGAAGUGGGUCAGGAUCAAACUCAACUUCUGCUGGUUCCCAGUCAGUUCCCCAAUCUACGUUUUACCCAAUGCGUGAUGGAUCAAAAAGCCACGACAGUAUCAGAGAUGCAGUUUCUAUUGGUUCAGCCACUUCAUCAACAGCACCAUUUCCACAACCACAAACUCAAACAUCGCAGAUCAAUCGACAACAAUCGCCUAAAGUUCCAGAGCAAAACGCCAACAUUGAUCCAAGGUUGCCUCAGGAUGAUGGGAAGAUCCAUGUCUUGCUUGGUGUGUGUGGUGCCCUAUCUACUGGCAAAAUCAAACUUAUUAUCAAUAAACUAUUCGAAAUUUACACCCCAAAUAAGAUAGCUAUUCAACUUAUAUUAACUCGCUCUAGCGAAAACUUUCUUUUGCAAGAGAGUCUAAAUAUUUUGGAGAAUGUCAAAGGAGUACGAAUUUGGCGAGAUGCUGAUGAAUGGACAACGUGGAAAACGAGGCUGGAUCCGGUUUUGCAUAUUGAACUUCGUCGAUGGGCAGAUAUUUUAGUUGUAUGUCCAUUAACGGCAAAUACAUUGUCGAAAAUCUCACUUGGAAUUUGCGAUAACCUAUUGACUAAUGUUAUUCGUGCCUGGAAUACUUCAUAUCCGAUUUUAUUGGCCCCUGCAAUGGUAAGUUAUUCUUACAAUGCCAUCACCACAAAGAAGCAGUUGAGAAUGAUUGCUGAGGAGAUGCCAUGGAUUGAGGUGUUGAAGCCGCUGGAGAAAGUUUUUGGUAGUUAUGGGGAUAUAGGUAUGGGUGGAAUGAUGGAUUGGAAUGAAGUCGUCAACAAGAUCGUGUUGAAGUUGGGAGGGUAUCCUGAAGUGAUUGAGGAAGAAGACGAAGAAGAUGAAGAAGAUAGUGAAACUGUACUUCAAGGGAAAAAGGAUUUGAGGUCAAAGGAGUUGAUCGAUAGAGAGAGUAGUCUGGCUAUUGUAGACGACGAUGACGACGACGACGACGACGACAACGAUGAUGAUGAUGAUGAUGAUGAUGACGGAGACAACGACGACGACGAUGAUGAUGACGACGAUGAUGAUGAGGAAACUGUACAAAGGCAACUAGAAGUGGAACACAAAGUAAACGGAGAUCAACAUUUAUACAAACCCAGACCUCAAUCACAUCGUAACGGUGAAACUUCCCAACCGGUCUCGAUAUCACUAGAUUUAAAAUCCAAUUCAAAUCAACCACGUUAA